GGAGAAGAUCAAGAAAAGAAAUUAUCGAUCUCUUUUAGGUAAUAAUCACUGUUACUGAUACAUUGAUAUUCUGAACUGAAAUUUACUAUAUUGUUCGACACUUAUGAAUUAACUCAUCGUUGUUUUUAUGCAGAAGUGGUAAUUGAGGAGCUUUGUACAAUAUGAAAGAUCAAGAGAAAGGGAAAGGGCUCAUGGAACCUCAAAACUCAGCUACCGAAUUAACAGCGCUUAUUGUAGAUGAUGAUAAGCUUGUUAGAAUGAUUCAUCAAGGUCUAUUGAAAAGAGCUGGUGUGAAAAAUGAAGCAGUAAAGAAUGGUAAAGAAGCCAUAGAUAUUCAUUGUAGUGGUCAAAGUUAUGACAUUAUUUUCAUGGACAAAGAUAUGCCUAUCAUGAAUGGGAUUGAGGCAACCAAGAAACUACGAUCAAUGGGUAUUGAAAGCAUGAUUGUUGGUGCGUCAUCAUGCAAUAGAGAUGCAGAAAAACAAGAAUUUAUUGAGGCAGGGCUAAAUGACUAUCAAGGGAAACCAUUGACCCUUGAGGCACUUAAGUCGAUUCUUGAUGUGGUAAAAGCUAGCAAGUAGCAUGGCCUCUGGUGGGUGUUGUAGAAAAUUAGGAGAAAAGUGGUUUUUACUUUAGAUAGUUUCUUUUAAAAAUGUAUGGGAAUAAUCUGUAAUUCUCAAUUGUCAAAUCAGUAUUGUAAUAAUUGAAGCUACUCAUAAGCUGUUUGUUCCAACAAAAUCCAAUCAUACAGAUCUAUCUCUUCUAGGGAAGUCUCAACAUUUUCAUUAGAUUAGUUUUCAAAACUAAGAUUAUGUAAUAGUUUUCAAAAUUCAAUUUUACAUGACAGAAUGUACAGAUAUUAA